CAUUCGAAGAAAAAUACAACCUGCAGGUAGCCCAGAUAUCAUUUAAUUCUCUGAAAUAUCUCAUGCUCGACAUGCUUAUCACCAUGCUAUGUUGUGUGGAUCUUACCAGGCGUUAUGUUGGGCGUCUCUUAAUCUUGAUUUGCAUAAUUUCUUAUGCCUUUUCAAUGGCUCGGAAAGCACUAUUUUUCUCGUCAGAUUUAGAAGCCCACUUCCUCUCUCCAAGUAAGUUCAGCACCAAGUACCUGAAGGUCUUGGACGAAUCAGUCCGGCGCCAUGAAUCAACUGAUUGUUCAUUGACUUCAAAUGGAACAACAAAGAUUCCACGAAUAUACAACAAACCUACAAAUCAGUGGAUAUUCCUUCACCUUGGAUUGGAGCCUGAGUCUUGCAAGAGAAUGGAUAACCUCCUAUGUCUAGUUCCUGCCCAUAUAUGACAGUUAUCCCUACCCAGUGAGCGAGCUGAUGCCAUUCGCUAUCUCAUCCUUCAGCAUUUCGGUGGAAUAUAUAUCGAUUUAGAUAUUGGAUGCCGGCGUUGCCUGGACCCUCUCCUAAAUUUAUUGAUAUGGUUCCCCAAGACACGCCCAUCUGGCGUCGGCAAUGAUGUGAUGCCGAGCAUACCCGAGCACCCAUUAAUGAUGAAGCUUGCGCUGGAUCUGCAAGACAGAUAUGCCUUGUUUCUGCCUCCUUACCUGGCAGUCUUCUGGACGACAGAGCCCCUGUAUGUGAACGAUAUUUUGACGUCAUGGCUACAACAUAGGAGCAAUGGUAUGAGGGCGGACAUUGACAAACAUUCCGAGGCCCGAGGCGCCGGCUUGGUUAUUCUCCCCCCAAAAUUUUAUGACCGCAUGGAAUACUCAUUCUUCAGGCACGUGCCAGACUCAUCAUGC